AUGGAAAUAGCUGAUAAAGAAAUCUAUCUUUCUCCAGGCCCAACUUUUCCAGCUCCUCAGUCACCCUGGACCCUUUCUCACGAAAUUAUCCUACCUCUCUGAAAAGUCUGACCAUCUAAAAACAGGUUUUUCUUAAAUGGCCGUAUAAUGAUAGGUCCUAAAGAAGACCAAAAAUACCUGUUAUGUACCUGAGCAUUACUUGCAUCAGUCUCAAUUUUUUAUUUCAUAUUUAUCAGUCCCUACCUAUGGAUUACCAUAAGCCCAAUUCUCCCAAUUAUUGCUAUGUAUUGCUUUUUAUCCUCAAUGGUGUUUAUUUGGCUUACGACCACAACGGAGCCUGGGAUAAUACCUAAAAAGCCUGUAUGGGAAGUAAUAGGAACUGUUCCUGAAGAAUUCACAGAAGCCGUUCUUAUAAGUCAGCCCAAUAGAGGAUACAAGUAUUGCCCGACAUGCAAAAUUUAUAGACCUCCGAGAUCUCAUCAUUGCAAGUAAGUAAAACAAUAGGAAUUGCGGAAAUUGUGUAGAAGACUUUGACCACCACUGCAGAUUUCUAGACAAUUGUAUAGGCAAGCGGAAUUACCGUUGGUUUAUGUCAUCUGUGUUCAGCUCAAUCUCGCUUGGAGUAACGGAAAUAACAGGUUUCCUGUUUUUCCUAUUUUAUAAUGUAGGAGAAGACCACAGCCGAAGAUCUCUUAUAGAAGAUGGCCCAACGAUAAUUUGUAUAGUUGUCAUAAUUACGUUGUUUUCAUUGAUAAUCACUGUAUUUGUAUCGAUUUUGUGCAUUUUUCACAUGACACUUUGCAUUACAGGGGAAUCCACAAAAGAAAGAAUUAAAGGAAUCAAGGCAGAAAGCAAGAGAAGUUGCUGUAGGAAGAAGAGAUCUUAUUUUGAUAGGAUGAUGCUGUUAAAUAGCGCUCAAAUUAGGAAUAUUGUUGAUGAAUAUCCGCCUAAUAGUGUUUAA